UUGUAUCGCACACGCAAGCGUCGCGCUCUACUACGUGGCGCCGUAGUCGAUUGAAAUUCUCCAACUGACAAAAAGCAUAAGUACAGCAUCCACCCUGGGGGAGGAGGAGAUCGAUGGAGGAUCUGUACAGCAUCCACCCGGGGAUCUCGCGCCGAGGCGAGGGCGACGCGGCCUGCAGCGAGGUGUCAGGGGUCGCCGGUGAUGCCAGCUCUCCUCCCCCUCCUCCGCCACAGGCGGAUCUGACGGAGCUGAUGAAGACGCAGAUCGCCGGGCACCGCCGCUACCCCUCCCUCCUCUCCGCCUACAUCGAAUGCCGCAAGGUGGGAGCAACGCCGGAGGUAGCCUCGCUGCUGGAGGAGGUCGGCCGGCCAGAGAGGCGUGGCGGAGGCGCCGCCGCCGCCGCCGGGGAGAUCGGCCUCGACCCCGAGCUCGACGAGUUCAUGGAGGCGUACUGCCGGCUGCUGUCGCGGUACAAGGUGGAGCUGUCCCGGCCGUUGGACGAAGCCGCUUCCUUCCUCACCACCAUCCGCUCGCAGUUCAAGAAGCUCUGCGGCGGCGGAGCCACCGCCACCUCGCCGCACUCCGAUGAAAUGGUGGAGUCAUCGGAGGACGAGCCAUGCUCAGGGGACACCGGUGCAUCCGACGCCGGCAUGCAAGAGCAGAGCUCCCGGUUGGCCGACCGCGAGCUCAGGGAGAUGCUGCUCAACAAGUACAGCGGCUGCCUCAGCCACCUCCGGACCGAGUUCCUGAAGAAGAGGAAGAAAGGGAAGCUCCCCAAGGAUGCUCGGCUUGCUCUCGUGGACUGGUGGAACACACACUACCGCUGGCCUUACCCGACGGAAGAUGAUAAGGUGAGGCUCGCCGCCAUGACUGGCCUCGACCCGAGGCAGAUCAACAACUGGUUCGUCAACCAGAGGAAGCGGCAUUGGAAGCCGUCGGAGGACAUGCGAUUCGCGCUCAUGGAAGGCGUUACCGGAGGAGGAGGGGGGUCCUCUUACGACACGACACUCUGCUUCGGCACGGACAGCAUGAGAUAGUUGCUCAUUUCCCGCGGGCAUGAAGCUCUUCUGCACACGGUGGUUGUGUGACUAGCAAGGAAGGGGUACAUCAAACGAUGAAUAGCCCCAUGAUCAUUUUCUCAAUCAUUGUGUACGUAUGUAGUACAUGGGCGCUGCAAGGGAAAACUUUUCUGAAACUACUACUACAGGGUGACCUGUGAUCAGAUUGUCUGUAUCCCCCGGGAUUGCCAGUGAAAUCACACUGGAUAUGGAGGAAUCAAAGGCAAUGUGAAUAAGUAUCAGUUUAUUUUUUUUC